AGUAACGAUGCGUCCUAAAAGAGUUUGCAUCGAGCCAAACUGCAUCACUUCUGAGUGCGAACGCCACUCUGCCCUCCUCAUUGGAUAUUCUCUAUCUCUCAACACUUGUGUCGGGCGAAAGAGAAGGUUUCUGAAAUGGGAGCUACAUCAUCAUCAUCCGCGCAACUGGACAGCAGAUGUGAGGAGGACGCAGCGGCGGAGCAGCGGACUGCAGAGGCGAGCGAUGCUGCGGAUGAUACGCUAUUACAGAGGAAUGGACAGAUCUCCAGUAUUAAUCUAAAUUCAAAGAACCCUGCAGAUGAAGUAAAUGGACACUUUGAAGAGAGGGUACUUGUAAAUGUUUGCUCAGGGUUUGUCGCUGUUAAAGAAGAUGGCACAGAAAUGACUGAAGACCUUCAGGAUGUGGUCUCUCUUCAACCAAACACUAAGAAUGAAAGACGAGACGUGAUUAAUGAAGACGGUGUUACUGUGAAGGAGGAGGCUCUGGAUGUGAAUACUGUCAAUGAAGUUGGAUUCAAAAAAGUCUUCAGAUAUGUUGGAUUUAAGUUCACGCUAAAAAAAGACACAUGUGAAAAGACACUAGCAAAUGAUCAAGUAGAGAAAGUGGCAGGCACAUUAGAGGACUCCAAAAAGAAUGAUGUCAAAGAGAAGAGCACUGUGGCAGCAAACAUUGACACACCUGAUGAGCUUUUGAAAAGUGAGGAGACUGGCCAACCCGAGGCAGCUGAACCUUCUCAAAAAACAGAAAAUGAAACAGAGCUGGAUCAGGGCACAGGAAUGGAAGAACAUAAUGUGAAGGUCACACCUGAUAAAGAAAAGGCAAACAUGGUUGAAACAAGUCCCGAGUCAGAAGAGCCGAUGUCACCGAUCAAGCAAUUCUUCACACAGGGAAUCUUUGCCAGUUUAAGAAAGAAAAGGAAAGAAGAUGAAUUACAAAAAGACACAAAGGAGGAGGAGGAACUCACGGUAAUUGAUCAAAUAGAAGAUGCAGAGACGUCAGAGAGAGCUGAAAAGAGGAAUACCAAAUGCAUGUGCCUUGAUCUACCUUACAUUAUGCAUGAGGAAGACAAAGAUUCACAGCCAAAAGGCAGCAAGCUAUUACCUGAAGAAGAGCUUCAACAUUCCAUAGAAAAAGAGAUGGUACAAGCAAGCCAACUUAAAAGACUUUUCAGAAAAUUUUCCUCAAGAAGACAGAGUAAAGCUACAGAAAAUGUUAUUGAGGAUGAGGACAAAGUCACUCAACAGCUUGAGUCAUCCUUGGAACUGACAGAGAUCCAGACAGUAGAGGAACCAGUGGUUGCAGAACCAAAACCUGCUGUAGAGGAACAACUAGCUGAUGCUAGCCCUCAAGAGUCCAAGAAGAAAUCGGACUCCACCGUUUCCUGGGAGGCACUGAUUUGUGGCAGCUCGGCUAAAAAAAGAGCUAGAAAAACAACAGCAGAGGGUGAAACAGCAGACAAUGAGAAAACAACUGAAUCUCCACUUGAAAGUUCCUUUGAGGGUGAUUAUGAUCAUCUGACAUCCUCCAAUGAGCAAGAUGGGGAGGGAGAAUCAGGGUCCACAUGGAAAGCCUUUAAGAAAAUGGUCACCCCAAAGAGGAAGGUGAGAACUGGAGAAAGCAGUUCAUCUGAACACAUACCUUCAGACGGUGAAAUGAACAAAGAGGACUCAUUUUCUAUGAAGAAGCUUAUAGCGGGGCGUAAAAAGAGAAAAUCUGAUGGAAGGCAGGAACAGACAUCGUCUGACGAGACUGGUAAAGAUGCUGAAACGGGUGAUGAAGAUGAUGAAACACCAGCUAUUAUUCCUUUGUCUGAGUAUGAAAUCAUUGAGCCUGAAAGUGUGUUGAAAGAAGAACAAGUUGAGAUUACAAUCGAACAUGAGAUGCCAGAGUGGAAUUCAGAAGGGUUAGAACAGGACGCACCAAAUGAGUCAGAACCCAAGCUUGAAGGUAAAGUUUCAAACAAUGCUGGACCAUUAAUCAUACGUGUUCUAUCAGAAGACUUUGAAGAAGUGACAGACUUCAUCAGCAAAUAUCAACAACUGAGUGAUAUACCAGAGGAAGGGAUGAUUGAGGAAACCGUUGAAACGCCAAUAUCAUCUUCUGAAUGGACAACGCAGGGUGAUACCUUAGCAGAAGACAUUGUAGAUUUGACAGCGGAUGCGGUUACAGCCCCAGAGCCUGCCAGUGAGGAACUAAAUGGGGAUAACAGUACUGAAAUGGUCUCAGCCCUCUCUCAACUAACAGAAUCACCCAGAACAUCUGGACACGUCACACCAGUGUCAGCUGAAUAUGGUGUGCAGAUGUCAAACGUGAUCCUUCAAGAAGCUGUUCAGUCCAUCUGCAUGACUCCAAGUGUUCAAUCAGUAACAACAAAAGAUGACAUCCAAGAAAAUCUAUCAGUGUCAUUCUCACCUUAUAUAAUGCAGUCAACCAUACCAGAAGAAACAAAAGUGUUUGUUGCUCAUAAGAAAACAGAGGCAACAGCAAUAUGUACAGGCCUGAUAUCUCAGGAAAUCGAAUCAGUCGAAGAACAUCUCUCUGCACCCUUAGUAGAGACAAUACCUGAAGUAAGUGAUGCUGUCCAGACUGAAUUAGUCUAUGAUAACCUUACAGAUGCAGCUAAAGUUGCAAGACUUGAGACAGAUGAGGUCUAUGAAGCUGAUGUCUGGGAAGUGAAGACAGAAUGUCUGGAAGUAAUUAUAACAAAUGAAGAAGAAGCUGCCACUGAAACUGAACUAGAUGUAGAGCAAGUAAUUAAACAGCUGGCAGAGCCACUUAUGGAAGUAGCAACUGAGUCCCAAGUGGUGCUUAUGGUGGACAAAAAAGAGGAGUGUUUAACAGAACCAGUAACUGGUAUUCAACUUGGAUCAGUUGAAAUGGCAGUGGUUGACAAAAUGCAAGAUGAAGCUGUGUUUGACCAAGUCAUUCCAGAACACACUCAUGUUCAAGAAGCAGAGGGUCCAUUACAUUCAAUGUUGGAGGAACAGCCAGUACAUUACAUUAAAGUUACUGCUGGAGUUGAGAAAGAUUCUACAGACAUAGAAGAUAAGGUACCCAUAGAAAAAGUUGAAGUAAUACAUGUAGAUGAGAUACAAGUGGUCAUAAAAGAUGCAAUCUCAAUUACAGCAGAAACAGACGUAGAUUCUGUUCUUGAAGUUGUUUCAGCAGAUGAUUCAGCAGUGAUUGUGGAAGACAGUAGUCAGAAAACUGAAGAAACUGGUGAGGAAAUUAACAUACAGCAGGAGAUUAGGGACAUACCUGCAGAGCAGAGUAGGGGUGUUGUUGCUUUAGAAGUGGAUCAAAGUGUUGAAACUGAACGCAUUUCAGGAAGUGCCGAUGAAUCAUUAUCCAGAGAAGAGUUAGAAGAAAAACAACUGGACAUAGCAAGCAAAGAGGCAUCGCUUCCAGAAAAGGUGUCAGUUGAGGAGGCUGCAAAAGUAGAUAAAGUUGCAGUAUACCCUAAUGAAAUGAAUACUGAUCUGGACAAUAUCAGGGUGGAGGAAAGUGCAAGUGAAGAAGCAGACAGCAUCAAUACUGCUGAGAAAGAUAAACUUGUAGUGAAGGAUAGGCAGCUGUUUACAAAAACCGAAAGUGAUGAAUCGGAAAAUCAAGAGGUUUCUGAAAUGACUGAUAAAGAUGUAGCAACUGAUCAUGUAGACACAGCUCAUGCAAUUACAGUAACAUAUGUUUCUGAGAUUUCAAAUGAUGUAUUAGAGCACAAAGAAAUAACACAUCCUGGAGACAGUUCUAAAGUAAUACUGACAGAUCUUGAGUCUGUGAUGUCCCAGAAUGAGGCAAGAGAACUGGAAGCAGAUAAGUUAGGUCAAGACGUUGAACACAGUUUAGAAACUUUCAAGAAUGAACAGACAGUAAAAACAACUGACAAAGUUAAGACUGGCAAAGUUGUAGAGAAGGUUGCCAUUACUGAGAACACAACAAAACAAUCAGAGGAAGAGGAACCAGUAGUACAUGCACUUACAAUAUCUGAGCUACCAAAGACAACAGAACAGGAGGAGGAUACAUCAACAAUGCCUGAGAUUAGUGCUGAAGCAAUAGGUGUUGACCAAAUGUACCAGACAGUAGUAGAAAAAGCCACAGAAGUCAAAGAAACUUCUAUUCAAGAAUUAAAAGACAAUAUGACUGAUGUUACCAAAGUGGAAAGCACAGGGACAACUGUAAUUGAUCUUACUGUAACAGCUGUGAGUGAGUCUGUUGAUCAGAUUGAUCAGGAGGAGGAAACAGAAGAGACCAGGCCAAAAUGUGAAUCUCCUCAGUUAUUAGAAAAAACACAGGCAAUGGAGCUGCAGGUAGAAAAGACAGAAAGGAAAGAUGAAAUGCCAUCAGUAAUAUAUCUGAAAGAGGAAGCAUCUGCUGUUACCACGCCAGAAGCAGCACCCAUAGUACAGGUACCACUAUUGACCUCUGAAAUGAAAGCAGCAACACCAGAAGUUACCGUUCCUGAGAUACAAACACAAGAACCAAUUGAACUCUGGGCAGCAACCCUUGAAGUGACAGAAGCAAAGGUAGAAACACCUGUGUUAGAAAAGGCAAAGCUAGAGACAGCCGUAGUAACUGAGUUGUGUUUGGACACACUAGUUGUGACAUCAGUGGUUUCAGAACUUGAAGUAGAAACACCAGUGGUUACAUCUAUAGCAGGAACGGUUAAUACACACGACUCUACUGUAACAUCACUGAAUCAGAACACAGACAAUGAUACCUCAAUGUUGUCCACAGUGGUCGAAAAUCAAGAUGUGGAGGUGCCCACUGUUACCCAUGUACCUCUAGAUCUAGUUACACCUGCCAUGACUCUAGACAGCAAGUCCGUGGUUGUAGCUCCAGCGAAAGACACAUCUGUUGGGAAUCUAGUGGUAGCGGAACUACCCGUUGACCCAGUGGUUGACCCAGUUGAAGAAAUGCAAAAUGUGAGGGUAACAGAGGGUGCAUCUACAGCAGAAGCUACAGUAACUGGAACAAUAGCAUCAUGUGAUGGACAAGUAUUAGAACCACCAGCUGUUUCUGUCACACCAGUAAAACCCACUGAAGCUUUAGUGGCAAAUACAUCAACUAUGACCCCAGUGCUAGAGGUGCCAGAUGUGACUCCAAAGCUUGAGACGCUAACUGUAGAUUCAGCUGUAGUGGCACCAGCUGUAACCCCUGUGGUACAGACACAAGUUGUUGUUUUAGUGCCAAGCGCUGAACCUCCAGUAGUAGUUACUCUAGCAGAGACCCAAGUGGCAAAGACAUCAGUUGUGAGCCCAGUAGUCGAAACUACAGUUAUUUCCAUCACAUCAGCAUUAACAACUGUAACCACAAUGGGACAGGCAUUAGUUGUGACACGAGUGGAUAAAACAACUGCUUUGGUUUCAGAGACAGUAACAGAAGCUGCAGAUCCAGUGGAAGAAACAUUAUUUGAGAGCCAGCAAGUAGAAACUCCAGCACUGACGCCAACUGCAAUUGCAACACCAGUGGUCGAAACAUCAGCACUGGAUUCAAUAACUGUAACACACACUGCAUCUCCAGUAGUCAAACCAGCAGGAGCAGAAACAUCAGUUGUGAGUCCAGAAGUGGAACUUUCCACAGUAAACUCAAUAACAGUUGCAGAGACAGCUGAUUUGACCCCUGUGGUACAGACUCCAGCUCUCGUUUCAGUGAUUGUCAAAGAGGCUGCACAUCCAGUUAUACCACCUAUGACUGCGGUAGUAGAAAUAUCAUCAUUGGAAACCCCAUCAAAUCUAGCUGCAAUGGCAGAUGCACCAGUCAUAAUCCAAGAGGUUACAACACAGCUUGCCAUUUCAGAGGAAGCCGUGGCCCCACCAGUACAUUCAGCAGUUGUUGAUGAUUUGAUGGAGACGUCUACUGGGACUCCAGCACCAGAGGCACUACAGGUAACUCCAGAAGUAGAGACACCUGCUGUAGCCCCUGAUUUUGUGACAUCAGCUAUUGCUUCAAUGGUUGUGACGCUUGUUAACCCACAACCCAUGAUUGAAAAAGAGGUAAUGACAUCAGUUCUACAGUGUAUCUCACUAGAAGAAAAUGCCAAGGGCUCCCUCCCUACUUCAACAGAACCUCAGUCUGAGAUGGAAGAUGAUGUCUGGGAGGAUGCUGUAGAUGGUAUUGGAGAUGGUCAGUGUCGAAUGAUGGAAACAGAUGUUUUACCUCAAGAUACUGCUGUUAAACAAGAAUCUGAUGAUGCAGUUUGAGCAUCGGCUCAUCACACAACGUGAACGAUAUCAGGGUUUGACAGGAAAUGUGCUGCCUGUCUUCAGUUACCUGAACCAGCAAUGUUGAACCUCACAACCUACAAACAAAUAACCAAGCCACUGAGAGAGAAAGUAUCUGAGAGAGUCGC